CCCGGCUCCCUCAAGAUCCAAAAACCACGAUGGAGCAGGUUCCCAAUCCCCGCAGCCGUGACCUGCUCCAGACUGCAUCGGAUGCCUCUACGGUGCCUUCAUCGUCCUCAGAGUCGCAAUGGUCAGCAUCUUCCGAGGGCUCACGUCCAACCCAGACAACGGUGAAUGCAUCCACGGUGCCUUCUGAAUCACCACGAUCACAAUGUUUGAGAUCCCCAGAUGAUCCCUUCACAAUCUCUCCAAAGACGCCAGUAUCAAAAGUCGCAGAAAUGCGCGCAAGCAUGCGUGCAAUCCAGCAAUCCAGCAAGCAUCUCAAGCUGCUCUGCAUCCCCCUUCGACGUCGCCAAACCCCGAGCACAUAACGUCUUUGAGAUUAUCGCGCCCGCCCAAGUGCUCUUGACCAUGGUGGAGAGUCGGUUCGAGUAGCCCCAGCAGCGCGAUCACUCCCGUCGAUGUCCGGUCAGGAAACGGAUGUAGGCGCCAG